AGAGCGGGCGCGCGUUGAAGUUGACGAGCUGUUGGUGUGGUGUCCUCCCGCAGUUCGGACCCGCGAUCCCCACAGGCCCCGGCAUCAUGUUCGUCAUCAAGAGAGAUGGUCGUCAGGAGAGAGUCAUGUUUGACAAGAUUACUUCCCGGAUCCAGAAGCUCUGUUAUGGUCUGAAUCCUGAAUUUGUAGAUCCAGCACAGAUCACAAUGAAGGUGAUUCAAGGCCUGUACAGUGGUGUUACAACUGUUGAAUUGGAUACGUUGGCAGCAGAAACAGCUGCUACCAUGACAACCAAACAUCCAGACUAUGCCAUUCUGGCUGCACGAAUUGCAGUCUCCAAUCUCCACAAGGAAACCAAAAAAGUGUUCUCUGAUGUCAUGGAGGAUCUGUACAACUAUGUGAACCCCCUGACUAACAACCACUCGCCUAUGAUUUCCAAGGAAACCUUCGAUAUUGUGUUUGAAAAUAAAGAUCGUCUGAAUUCUGCCAUCAUCUACGACCGGGACUUCUCCUAUAAUUUCUUUGGAUUCAAGACUUUAGAACGUUCUUAUCUGCUCAAGAUCAAUGGCAAAGUGGCUGAACGGCCCCAGCAUAUGCUGAUGAGGGUCUCCGUUGGAAUCCACAAGGGUGACAUUGAUGCUGCCAUUGAAACUUACAACCUGCUGUCGGAAAAAUGGUUCACUCAUGCCUCUCCCACCUUGUUCAAUGCUGGCACCAACAGGCCCCAACUCUCCAGCUGUUUCCUGCUUUCCAUGAGGGAUGACAGCAUUGAAGGAAUUUAUGACACCCUGAAGCAAUGUGCUCUGAUUUCCAAAUCCGCUGGGGGCAUUGGUGUUGCCGUGAGCUGCAUCCGAGCUACGGGAAGCUACAUUGCAGGCACCAAUGGAAGCAGCAAUGGCCUUGUACCAAUGUUGCGGGUUUACAACAACACUGCACGUUACGUGGACCAGGGAGGGAACAAGCGCCCAGGUGCCUUUGCCAUCUACCUGGAGCCCUGGCACAUGGAUGUUUUUGACUUUCUGGAUCUGAAGAAGAACACAGGCAAGGAGGAGCAGCGAGCUCGAGACCUCUUCUAUGCCCUUUGGAUACCAGACCUCUUCAUGAGGCGAGUGGAGAACAACCAAGAUUGGUCCUUAAUGUGUCCCCAUGACUGCCCGGGCUUGGAUGAAGUUUGGGGAGAGGAGUUCGAGGCCCUCUACGAAAGAUAUGAGAAAGAGGGCCGUGCACGCAAGGUGGUGAAGGCACAGCAGCUGUGGUAUGUUAUAAUUGAGUCUCAGACAGAGACGGGAACUCCUUACAUGCUGUACAAAGAUGCCUGUAACAGGAAGAGUAACCAGCAGAACCUGGGCACCAUCAAAUGCAGCAACUUGUGUACUGAGAUUGUGGAAUACACCAGUUUGAAUGAGGUGGCAGUUUGCAACUUGGCUUCCCUUGCAUUGAACAUGUAUGUUACUGCCGAUCGCACCUAUGACUUCAAUAAGCUGGCUGAUGUUACACGGGUGGCUGUUAAAAACCUGAAUAAGAUCAUUGAAGUGAACUAUUAUCCAGUUCCAGAGGCAGAACACUCUAAUAAGAAGCACAGGCCGAUUGGAAUUGGAGUUCAGGGGCUAGCAGAUGCCUUCAUCCUGAUGCGAUAUCCCUUUGAAAGCGAAGAAGCUCAGAACCUCAACAUUCAGAUCUUUGAGACCAUUUACUUCGCAGCCCUGGAUGCCAGCUGUGAAUUGGCUAAGGAGCUGGGUCCUUACGACAGUUACAAGGGGUGUCCUGUCAGCAAGGGGAUCCUGCAGUAUGACAUGUGGAAUGUCACGCCCACUGAUCGAUGGGAUUGGAAAGGGCUAAAGGAGAGGAUUGCAAAGUACGGUGUUAGAAACAGCCUUCUCAUUGCCCCAAUGCCAACUGCUUCUACAGCUCAGAUUCUGGGUAACAAUGAAUCAAUUGAGCCAUAUACCAGCAACAUCUACACACGGCGAGUGCUCUCCGGGGAGUUCCAGGUUGUGAAUCCCCACUUGCUUAAAGACUUGACAGAGCGCGGGCUGUGGAAUGAGGAUAUGAAGAACCAGAUCAUUGCUCAGAACGGAUCGAUCCAGAACAUUGAAGCAAUCCCAGCUGACCUGAAGUCUCUGUAUAAGACUGUCUGGGAGGUAUCGCAGAAGGUGAUAAUCAAGAUGGCUGCAGAUCGUGGAGCCUUUAUCGACCAGAGCCAAUCACUUAACAUCCACGUUGCCGAGCCCAACUACGGCAAGUUGACAAGCAUGCAUUUCUACGGCUGGAAGCAGGGCCUGAAGACUGGGAUGUAUUACUUGAGGACCAGGCCCGCUGCCAAUCCCAUCCAGUUCACCCUGAACAAGGAGAAGCUGCGUGAAAGUGCAACAGCCAGUGCAGAGAAGGAGAAGAACACGGCUGCCAUGGUGUGCUCGCUGGAGAACAGGGCUGACUGUCUGAUGUGUGGCUCCUAGAUCGAGAGCCCUUGCCAGUGUUCCCGUAGUCUGUUUAAUACCGAUGCAGGUGUAACACAGACUGGGAGACCCUGCUGUUCACUCGAUCCACAUCAGUAAAAGUAACUUGGUAAUACUUGAUUCAACCAAACGUACUGACCCACUUGUCCUCAUUCACCUUGCAUAUUGGAUGCUGUGCAUCAUGAAAGGUGCCUGAUGCAGUUGGUGUGCAUGUUUCCUUGCUGGAGCUGAGCUUGUAAGUGGGGUGGGAGGACACCAUGUGCCUGAGCAGGAGUAACUGCUAUUGGUAUGGUUUUAGCUGCUGUGGUUACAAACAUCCUUGGGGCCAGGCAGACUGCUGAAGCAUUAGGUGAGCAGAUUGUGAUGCUGUAUUCCUACUCCUUCUGGUGUAUAUUCUUUGUACAGGACUGUUAACUAUUUGAUGCCAUUGAUCAACUACAAUUAAACAUUCUAU